GAAGAAGCUUUUGAUCAAAUACGAGAACGAUGGCGAGCUUAGCAUCCCCUUCGCUUUCCACUCUGCGUUUCAGCACCGAUUUAACGUCGGCGGCGUUGGUGUCCUUUCCGGUUCGGGUUGCGAUUCCGGCGGGGCAGAGGAAGGUCGGAAUGAGAGUGAUGGCGGUGGCGAAGUUCAAGGGGACGCAGAUGAGGGAGAAGCGUCUGACGGAGAUGAUCGAGAAGAAGGUUCUGGAAGCCAAGGAGGUUUGCGGCGAGGGAGAUCCGAUCACGGACGAGUGCAAGGUGGCGUGGGACGAGGUGGAGGAGGUGAGCCAAGCCAAGGCCGAUCUCAGGCUCAAGCUCAAGGACAGUGAUCCUCUCGAGUCGUUUUGUCAGGAUAAUCCUGAGACCGACGAGUGCCGAAUCUAUGAAGAUUGACUCGUGCCACCAUCUCCAUCGUUAUAUUAUUAUAUAUUGGGUUGCUGCUCUGCUCAGAUUUAUUUUAAGUAGGAUUAAUUAGCAUGAUGAAUGUGUAAGUUUGAUGUAUUAGUUUAUAGUUUUGUGCCCCGAUUGUGCUAUCUAACUAUUAUUAUGUGUUGUGGAUUUGUGUUUCUUAUACAAUGGCAUUGCCAAUGUCUCUAGCUUUUGAUGUCAAGCAAUUAGUGAGUAACCAAUAUUACCAACAUAGCUGAAACUAGAAAGAAAGCUUACAAAAAAGAUUCAGAUUUUCUGUUUGGAUUU